UCGGACAUUCAGAAAUCAAGAGCCUUGUCAAGGUCCCCUCGGACCGCUAGUUAUAAGCCAAAUGUUAGAUAAUAUCGCACAAAAUGCGGUGUGGUGCCUGAACCGGGCGGAGAGUGACAGACAGACCGACAGACGGACAGCGGGCAAAGGCGAGGAUCAAGCAGCAUGAGAUCGGGAAGUUUAAGUGGCUCGAGCAGAGCUUUGGUGGUAGUUGCUGCUGUUUUCGGAUGGAUGCAGCUUGCACAUGCACAGGAGAACAACGUCUGUCUCACGUUCAAGGAUUACUACACGGUCAAGAACAACUCGAAUUGUUGGUAUAACCCGGCGGCUGUGUAUAAAGCGCCAGACGUGAUCAAAUUGAUGGGCUAUCCAGUGGAAGAACACAAAGUCAUCACUGCUGACGGGUACAUCUUGACCAUGUAUCGAAUCCCGAACUACCAUACGGCGACAAAGUACACAAAGUAUCACCCUGUAUAUCUGCAGCACGGAUUGGUUGCCACCUGUGCCACUUUCAUAGGAUUAGGAAGAGACUCUAUAGCAUUCAUGCUGGCCGAUGCCGGCUACGACGUCUGGUUAGGAAACUACAGAGGCAACGAAUAUUCCGAAGGACACAUCAACUUGACUGUCUACGAUCAGGAGUAUUGGGAUCAUGGGAUGGAUGAAGUUGCCCUACUUGACCUUCCGGCCAUGUUCGAGACAAUUCUCUCUAAUUCGGCCAAAGGGAGCAAAGUGAUCUUCAUCGGGCACUCUUUGGGUACAGCAGUGUCGCUGAUGUACAGCGCGGAACGACCAGAAGAAGCCCGACGUAACGUUAAGAUGUUGGUACUACUUUGCCCUGCCUACACGCUUGCACACAUGAUAUCUCCCUAUAGGUUGGCGGCUCCUUUUGGUGACUUCAUAUUGGAUACCGUGAGAAGAUUGAGACUUGAAAGGAUUGUUUCCCAAGCAGAAGAACUGCAGCGUCUAGUCAUUCCCGUCUGCACAGAAUCUCCUGAGCUAAUGAGGUACUGCAUGCAGCUGUAUAACUUGUUCUACGGACCAAACACUGAUACUGGACCGGAAAGCAUACCGGUUUAUUUCAACCAGUUGCCAGGAGGUACUUCGAUCAAGAUCUUGAACCAUGCUGCAGACCUGGUUAGAGGUAACUUCAGAAAGUACAAUUACUAUGAGGAGGGCAAUAUAAAGCACUACGGCACUCCUCAUGCGCCAGUCUACGACAUCAGUCGGUUACAAGUUCCUGUUCACGUAGUUGUUAGUAAACAAGACUGGGCCACCACAGAAGCUGAUGCAAUCAACCUUUGGAACCACCUACCUCCACGCAGCAGAUACGAGCUCAGGACGAUAGACCUAGAUUUCUUCACUCACGUUGACUUCGUUUUUGGAAGACAUGCGAGGCGACUCAUCUAUGAACCCCUCAUCAAAACUUUAAACAAAGCCAUUGAAGAAUAAUAUUAUUUAUUGUAGAUUAAUAGUUAUUAAAGCUCUUUGUUACAAA